CUUUGGUUUAUUUAAUUGUUUAGUCGAUUCCAUCAAGGUUUAAUUAGUUUUUUCAUCCCCUGCAACUAUGACCAGUUUUAAUGAUCUACCUGAUGAUUGUCUCACAAGCAUUUCUGAUUAUAUCCAUGAUCUCAAACAAUUAUUACAAUUAUCUGAAGUUUGUCCACGUUGGGGAUACCUGGUCGAGAAUCGACUUAAGAAAGUUCAAAAAUUGGACAUUUGGUGGAGUACAUUGGAUAGGAGCUUUAAGCCGGACUAUAUUUACACGAAUGAUUAUCAGUUGAUUGAGAAAAUCAACAUUUCGAGUGUUCUACCGAAUUUAAAAUAUGUUCGUGUUGGUUAUAUUUCAAUGAAAGGUGAUUGUCUAUGUAAAGCUUUGGCCAAUAUUAUGAAUACAGGUAAUCCAUUGAUUGGACUUAGUGUCAACUAUAGCUGUGAUCAGAAUCGUGAUAAAUAUCUUAAUCAAAGUAAAUGUAAAGUUGAUAUGGAUCAACAGAUCGUCAAAUAUUGUGAUAAAGUUAAAUAUCUGUCCGCAGAUAUUAAUGCAUUUACUGAAAGUUUUUUCAAAAAGUUUGAGUUCGGUGCCAAUGUGAUCAAGUUCAGUACAAUUAAGACGUGCAAUACACUAACUGAAUUUGCAUCUUCAAUGGUUAAUCUAGAAAGUGCCAAAAUUGUGGACUUUGAUGAAACUGAUUGUCUUUAUGAUGGACCAAGUUUGAUGAAAUUGAAUCAACUUUCAAUCUUUAGCUACGAUUAUACUAAUCUUUCCUACGAGCUUUUGGAAUAUUUUCCUAAUCUUAAGAAUCUUUUAUUGAAGAUUAUCCUUCGUCGUGGUGAAACAAAUUAUUUCGGCUCGAUAGUAAAUCGAAACAUUGAAAAUUUAGUUAUUUACUUGGUUGAAGAUGCACCUCCAACUAAUACAAAUUCAUUGCAUGCUCUCAAUAGCAUAUUAAAAAGUUUCCCAACUGUAAACAUCUACUAAUUGGAUGUCCAUUGCGACUCACUGACAAGAAUUUAAUUGAAAUAAUUAAGAUGCAACCCAAUUUGAUUCUUCUGUCCAUUAAAGGCGCUGAUUGGGUUAGUGAAAGGACCAUCGACGCUAUCGAUAGACAUUGUCAGCUCAACAAUCGAAAGAUCACUUUUAAUGCCGAUGGUAAAACCAGAAUUUCAUUAAACGAAGAUUUCGUCAAUUUAAAACAGAUCGAAAAUCGUUUCGUGAAAAAACAUUUCCUUCCAAUUCAAGUUGAUCGGAAAUAUCGAUAUAAAUUCGUCUAUUAAUUGGUCUCUAUGAUGAUCUUGGAAUUUUCAGAAAAAUUUAUUCUCUUUUAUUUUUUUAAUUCUGAACCAUUUUAUUGAAUGAACUGACAAAUUCACGCUCCAAAUUGAACAAAUAUAAACUGAACUCGAAAAAAUAUUAAAAUUUUUCCCUGAAAUAUCAUGUAAAUGUUUUCCCAUCUUGUUCACCCAAUCAAGAGGCUCUUAACUAUUGAAUUUCAUUAGUGAAAUUAUUCAAUCCCAUGAGGUUUAUACCAUU